CUAAUUAAUUACUGAGACCUCCUCUAGGAGGUGAAGGUCCUUAUAUUAACCAACUUUCUCAACUUUUUCUCUCUCUCUCUCUCUAUAUAUGUAGGUGUAUAUAUAUCAGCAAAACCCCGUGGACCAUUUCUUUCUUCUUAUUUCUUCUUCAUCUUCAGCUCAGUAGUACUCUUUUUCCAAUAAUAAAUAUAAUUAAUUAAUAAUAAUAUGGCGGAGGUGGUGAAGGAGAGAGUACAAUCCAUAGCUCAUUCCAUCAAUGCUGAAAUGAAAGACACAAUCCCAGAUGAGUUCAUAAUGCCAGUGGAGGAUCAGCCCAUUCUCACCACAUUCAAAGGGCCAAUCCCUGAAAUCCCCACCGUUGAUCUGAGUGAGCCGGAUCAGGAGAAGCGGGUCGGGUCAAUUGUCCAGGCUGCAAAGGAGUGGGGUUUCUUCCAAGUGGUGAACCAUAAGAUGCCUGUUGAGCUGAUAAGGAAGUUGAAGAAUGUUGGAGAAGAAUUCUUUGAGCUUCCACAAGAAGAGAAAGAAGUCUAUGCCAGGCCACUUGGGGCCACAUCCAUUGAAGGCUAUGGAUCCAAGAUAUCUAAGGGUGCCAAAUCUUGGGUCGAUCAUCUCUUUCAUAGGAUAUGGCCUCCUUCCACCAUUAACUACCAAUUUUGGCCCAAAAAUCCUCCCUCUUACAGGGAGGUAAAUGAAGAGUAUGGGAAGUACGUGAAAGAAGUGGGAGAUGAGAUAUUGAAGAGUCUUUCAUUAGGGUUAGAGUUGGAAGAGAGUAGGAUGAAGGAAGCAGUGGGAGGAGAAGAGAUUGAAUAUAUGAUGAAGAUUAAUUAUUACCCACCAUGCCCUCGUCCUGAUCUUGCUCUUGGAGUUCAGCCUCACACUGACUUGUCCUCUCUCACCAUUCUUGUCCCCAAUGAUGUCCCUGGUCUUCAAGUUUUCCAUCACAACCAUUGGAUCGAUGUCCAAUACAUCCCUAAUGCCCUUGUCAUUCACAUUGGUGAUCAGGCCCAGAUUGCAAGCAAUGGAUUGUACAAGAGUGUUCUGCACAGAACAACAGUGAAUAAGAGCAAAGUGAGGAUGUCAUGGCCAGUGUUCUUGGAACCACCUGCUGAGUUCGUGGUGGGACCCAUACCCGAGUUGCUGACUCAGGACAACCCUCCAAAGUUCAAGACCAAACUCUUCAAGGAUUAUGCCUACUGCAAACUCAACAAGAUUCCCCAGUGAAUGAUCAUAUAUUAAUUUCAAAACAUUAUUAUAUUUAUAAAAUAAAUUAAUAAUUUAUAACAAUCUUAAAGCAUUAUUAUACAUAGUUAUUAUUAUGUUUGAUUUCCACCAAUCUGCGUGUAAUGUGUGUUAACUAGAGCUAACAGCAUCUCCAAAUGGGGUGCUAGCACUACCACAAAAAGCUUAUUUCCUGUCGGUUUUUAACUGUUAUUAAAAGUUUUGUCA